AUGGACCUCCCGACAGAAAGGUCGCAGCGUGUCCAUCAUGAGUGGUCGCUGCGAUAUGUCGGCCUGCUAUUUAUCAUUGCUUUUCUUCGUACGAUGGCCUACGUUGAAGUAUUCCUGACCGACAAAUUGCGUCCGAAAGUGAAGGAUGAUGUCAAAGUCACCAAGAUUUGGUUCCCCUCUCGAGAGAAGGGCCGGUAUAUUAAGGCAUUUAUCUACGAGCCAGUUAGCAUGCCAACAGGUCCAAGGCCUGUAAAUAUAAAUGUCCAUGGAUCAGGUUUUUGCUCCGCUGCCUUCUUUGGCAACUCGCGUUGGUUCAACUAUUGUGUAGCUUCCAAGCUGCAAUGCUAUGUUAUUGAUACGGACUACCGCAAGGCCCCAGAGCACCCUUGCCCCUUACCUGUUCGGGACAUCGAAGAUGCUGUUCAAUGGGUACUCCAGCAUCCGGAAAAGUUUGACGUGGAUCGCAUUUCGAUGACGGGUUUCAGCGCAGGUGGGAACCUAGCCUUAUCCGCCGCUAGUGCUUUUGGACCCGAGAAAAUCAAGGCCUUAGUGUCCUACUAUGCGCCUUUGGAUGGAUCUGCUGCAGGCGCACCUGUUGGUGACGCCAACGGUCAUCCUCCAAAGAGUCCAUUCCGCAGCGGCGUCAUCCUGGACUCGUUCGUCUUCUCUGUUUUCUAUGCCGCUUACGUUCCUCCUCAAUGCGAUCCAGGUCACCCUAACCUCUCCGUUAUCAACAUUCCACUCGAAAAGCUUCCGGAUCAUCUGUUUCUGAUUACAGGCGACGCCGACUCUUUGGCCACUGAGUCCAUCCGGUUCUAUGAUAACAUCAUGGAGAAUGGUUCCCGGGACCAGAAAUACCACAGCCGGCUCCUGAUUGUGCCGAAUGAAGCGCAUGCAUUUGAUGAACAACCCAAGCAUCCCGAGUCGGUGCAUUGGCGUGACAAGGCAUACCAGCAGUCCGUGGACGUGAUUCGCUCUGCAUGGUACCCGGAUGACGGGGAGCCUAGCAACCCACCUGUCGCCAAGCCUGCUCCGAAGGCAAUCAUUUCUUUCGUUACGCAACAGUCCGCUGGGGCAAAGGACUCCUCCAAGCCUGCGCCAGCGAUUCGUGCGUAG